CCCGCGAGUCCCGCCGCCGCGCGUCGCCCGCCCCGUCCGAGCCGGUCCCCGCAUCUCGGCCGGCCCGGCCAUGGCCAGCGAGGAACUGGCGCGCCAGCUGCAGCGGCGACUGCGGUGGGAGCAGGCGGCCGAGGGCGGCGCGGCCGGGGGCCCCGACCCCGCGCCCCGCGCCCCGGAGCCCCCCGCCGGCGCUGACGACGAGCUGAGAGCGCAGCUGAGCCGCAGGCUGGACAUCAACGCGGGCGCGGCGCGGGCCCAGCGCUGCCGCGUCUUCCACCCCUACUCCGAGUUCCCCGAGUUCAGCCGCCGCCUCAUCAAGGACCUGGAGGGGAUGUUCAAGCUGUAUGACACAGGCCGGGACGGCUUCAUCGACCUGAUGGAGCUGAAGCUGAUGAUGGAGAAGCUGGGGGCCCCCCAGACCCACCUGGGGCUGAAGAACAUGAUCAAGGAGGUGGACGAGGAUUUUGACGGCAAACUCAGCUUCCGUGAGUUUUUGCUCAUAUUCCACAAGGCGGCCGCUGGGCAGCUGCAGGAAGACAGUGGGCUGAUGGCGCUGGCCAAGCUGUCCGAGAUUGACGUGGCUCUGGAGGGGGUCAAAGGUGCCAAGCACUUCUUUGAAGCAAAGGUCCAGGCUUUGGCCAUGGCCAGUAAGUUUGAAGCCGAGCUGAAAGCCGAGCAGGACGAGCGGAAGCAGGAGGAGGAGAAGCGGCGUCUCCGCCAGGCAGCCUUCAAGGAGCUCAAGGCCACUUUCAGCACAUAGUCGGGCGGCUUGUCUCUGACCCGCCGCUGUGCCUCGCAGAUGCCCUCUGAGAGGCCUGGCGGGCCUCCUCACCCAUGCCAGCCCCCCCUUCCACCCCUGCCCCCCGGUGCAAGCUCCUCCCCGUCCUGGUGGCUGGGGUCCACUCUCUGCCCUGUGAACUCCAGUGGAGGCUGGGGGUUCCCCCCUCGUGCCCGCCCUCUGCCCUCCUUUGUGGCCACCAAGUGCCUUGCUUGGCCCCUUUGCUUUGGGCCGCGUGGGCAAGCUCAGAGACGGGCCCUGGCCAGCGGGGUCUGGCGGAUGCUGCCCGGUCCCCGCUCUGUGCCUCUCCCCGUGCCCUUCCCGUCUCCGUGGAACGUGGCUCGACCUUGGGCUUUUGCAUCUUUGACAGUCCUUGGCUUCGACUGAGGUUCGCGGGGAGCCAGGCUAGCCCCCUGCCGUGCCCUCUGCCGCCCAGAGGACCCCACACCCACCCGGGCAUGAAGAUGGCCCGCCACUUUGGUCCCCCCAGCCCUUGCUCUUGUCCUCUCGCCAUCCUUCGCCCCCAUCUCAGUCUCUCCUAGAAUGGUGUUUCCUAACUCCACAAAUGAAAGAAUAAUUGUUAAUGGUCUCCAUGAGCCGGGGGCUGGGUGUGUCCCCGGCCCGACUGUGCGUGUUUCAUGACAGUUGACCCUGGCGUGGAAGCGACCCAUCCAGAACCCUCUAAACACUAGGGUCACAACCCCCCUCCGCAUAUAGCCAGUUCCUGCCUCGGCUCCCCGAGAGGGUGGGGCGGUCCCCAGAUGCUGGGGGCUGCUGCAUUUUUAAAACAGAAUUCCUAACCUUUGAACAAAGAAACACCUUCCUAACGUCUUAUUUAAUCUUGCUUGGAGCCGCGGUCUUUAUUAUAAGGAAAACCUUUGCGUUUCUGUCCUGCUGCUGAAUUUUCUUUAAAUAAAUGGUGCCCACGAAUGUCACCAUCAC